UGUAGGCCUUUCUUCUGCCUUGAUGGUUGCUUUUUGAAAGGUGUAGUUAAAGGCAUGUUACUUAGUGCAGUUGGAAAGAACGGAAACAAUCACAUGUACCCGAUAGCAUGGGUAUUUGUCGAGUCUGAGAAUGGGAGCUCGUGGACAUGGUUUAUUCAAACAUUGCAAGAAAAGAUGCACCUUUUAGAUGGCAAUGGUUGGACUAUUGUUUCCGACCAACAAAAGGGUUUGGUCGAUGCCAUCCAUGAG